UUUUUUGCAAUUGCAUUUCUACUAUGAGCUACGCAAUAAUUGACAGGUAAAAUUGAAAUACGUCAAAUCGAUACUCCUCGUAUAUUGACAAUUUCAUCAAAAAAUGAUUGGAAUAAAAAUUAUAUUUGAUGUAUUUUCUCAGAAACAAUCAUCAUAAAAAUAAUGAAAUAACUAUGUUUAUUAAUCGGUUGACAUUUUCUUCAGAGAUUUUCAAUUGGAAUGUGAAGGCUUAUUGGUGUAUUUUCAAAAAAACUUUCAGUAACUGCAUCUUUGAGAAAGGUUUACAAAUCAAUAUUAGAAAAUUAAUUGAUGAUGAUAUUUUCAUCAUCAUUUCAACAACGUUCAUAUUUAUAUGGCAAUAACUCACCAAUUAUGUGAUACAAUUUAUGAUCCAUCUCCUGAAACUAAACUCAAAGAGGAAUCCAGAAAACCAUGUCGCGGCAGUUUUGAUUGCGACAUCGACCAAUGGUGCCACGGCAACCAUUGUGACCUGCCCUGUCCCAGAAAGAACUGUACCGAGAUCAAGCCACCAGAUGGAGAGUGUGUCGUCAGAGACCACCUUCCAGUCUGUAAAAGCCCAGCUGAGCUGGAAUUCGAGCAAGAAUUGCGAGACAGCGGAGGCUGCCUUAAUAAUGAUGAUUGCGAGGAAAAUGAAUGGUGCAUGUACGCAGUUUGUGAGGACGCAUGCGCACAACUCAACUGCGCAGCUCAACAAGACGAUUUCGAAUGUAAAGUGGAAAAUCAUCAACCAAAGUGUUACUCAACAGAGAUCGAGGCUGGAGAUAUUCCAGACGAAUUAGUUGGACUAGGAGGAUCCUGCACUAGUAGUUUCCAAUGCCAGGACCACUUGAACUGCCUGAAAAGCGAGUGCCAAACCCGUGCGGAGCAGAGUGGUGUGACGAAUUCAACCUGGACGAACCACCAGCUAACUUCACGGAAGGCCAAAAACUCUGGCUCAGCAUGCACAAGGAUGUCAUAUGGCAGUGCCUGGUGUGGAUGCAUCAUGCCGAGUGUGUCAUAAGAGACAAUCCCGCCAUUAGUGGUUUCAACCAAAUUUAGCCACGCUGAUUCACGUUGAAUCCAGAGAGUACAGAAUGUUACAUAAAGUCUCCAGGCAAUGAAUGUUCAAUGCUGUGCAAAGGCUAAAAGUAAACUUUGUACUCGUAAUAUUUUUCAAAGUUUUCCGAUUUGAAUAUCAUCAAGCAUUCAAAAUUAAAAAAUUUUCUCAGGAAAACAUUUUUUUUCGAUCAUUACUUUUUGAGAUAUAGCGCCUGAAGUUUAAAGUUUUGGGACAGAACAUUUCAAAUUCGGUAAGAUAUAAAUCCAUGAGAUUUCGAUGAUGGAUUCUUCAUUGUAUUGUUGAUCUAGUAAAACGAAAAUUUUCUGAAAAUAUCAAUUUUUGAAAAAGUUAUUCAAUUUACCAAAAAUAGCUCGACUAAAGUUAUUUUUGGUUAUUUUUAGUAAAUUGAAUAACUAUCUUAAAAUUGAUAUUUUCAGAAAAUAUCUGAUUUACUAUAUCAAAAAUACGAUGAAGAAUCCAUUCUCUAAAUCUCAUGGAUUUAUCUCUUACCGAAUUUGAAAUGUUCUGUCCCAAAAAUUUAAUCUUUAGGCGCUCAUAUCUCAAAAAGUAAUGAUCAGAAAAAAAUUUCCUGAGAAAACUUUUUCAUUUGAUAGCUUGAUGAUAUACAAAUCGAAAAACUUUUGAAAAAUAUCACGAAUAGAAAAUUUAUUUUUAGCCUUUGACAGCCUUAUAAAAAGGUAUAGCCUGGAAGGAAGAGUUUAGAACAGAAUUUUUGACCCCGUAGUUCUGUUAAGGAAAGUAAGGCGGUGACAUAUGGAAGUAAAGAAUUGAAAUAUCAAAUUGGGAUGUUCUAUGAGCUACAUAUUGAAAUUACUGAGAUAGUGCAUUAUUCAAAUGCUAAUGAAUUAAUAAUAUCUAUGAACUCAUAAUCAGUAUGGAUUUUUCCAUCUAUUUUC